AUGUUUCUGAUAUUUAUAAUUCAAUUGAACAAUCGAAAAAAUCGUAUUGAAAAUGUCCGUGAACGUUUACGUGAAUGUAAAAUUUUAUUAUUACUUAAAUGUCAAGAUAUUCGUAAAUUAUGGUUAUUAAUAUCUGAACAAAAUGCAUUAAUUAAAAUUUAUCAAAAUAUUGAUGCAUUAAAACAUGUUCCAAUACGUUUACAAUUUUAUUUAAAUAAAAAUUUAUAUAUUCAUGCAUCAUUAUUAUUAAUUAAAGCGAAAGAACAUCAACAAUUACUUUUAAUAAAGGCUUUAUCAGAUAUUGAUGUAAAAUUAAAAGAUGAACGCAUAGCAUUAGAAAAUCAAUUACGUUUAGAAUUAAUAAAUCAAUUAUUUGAAAAAUCAUGUCGAGAUAUACUUGGAAAUAAAAAUGAUCAAAAUUAUUUAUCACGUAUAAGAGAAAAUCGUUUAUUAAGAAAACAACUUGAUCCAAAAUAUAUAUUAGUUGAUAUACGUCAACAAGCACCUCAUUUCUGUCUUGAUGUUUUAUUACAAUCAUUACCGAUUUUAUCACAUUUUAAUGAAACACUUGAUUAUUUGCAAAAACAAUUUCAUCGAAUUGUUUUACGUACAACACAACAUAUUAUUGAUAAUAAUUUUGUUUUACAUUCAAAUAAUUGGCAACAAAAUUUUGUUAAGUAA